GUGAGCUCAUUCAGGCUCUCUCUGUCAGACAGCGUGGAAAGAUGGUGCUCGACUUGGACCUGUUCCGGACCGACAAAGGCGGCGAUCCAGAAAUCGUCCGUGAGACUCAAAGAAAGAGGUUUAAAGAUGUAACCCUGGUUGAUAAACUUGUCGCCGCAGAUACAGAGUGGAGAAAAUGCCGCUUCACUGCAGACAACCUCAACAAAAUGAAGAACCUCUGCAGCAAGAGCAUUGGGGAGAAAAUGAAGAAAAAGGAACCGGUUGGGGAGGAUGAGUCUGUACCCGAAGAGGCUCAGAACCUGGAGUCUCUGACAGCUGAAACACUGUCGGCCCUGACAGUAACCCAGAUCAAGAAGGUGCGCUUAUUGGUGGACGAGGCAGUGGAGAAAACUGACAGUGAGAGGAUAAAGCUGGAGGCAGAGCGCUUUGAGUACCUGAGGGAGAUCGGCAACCUUCUGCACCCAUCUGUACCCAUCAGCAAUGAUGAGGAUGCAGACAACAAGGUGGAGCGUACCUGGGGCGACUGCGCUGUCCAGAAGAAGUACUCCCAUGUUGACCUGGUGGUCAUGAUCGAUGGCUUUGAUGGAGAAAGGGGAGCUGUUGUGGCUGGGAGCAGAGGCUACUUUUUGAAGGGGCCACUGGUGUUCCUGGAGCAGGCUCUCAUCAAUUACGCCUUAAGGAUACUCCACAGCAGGAAUUAUACCAUGCUCUACACACCCUUCUUCAUGAGGAAAGAGGUCAUGCAGGAAGUCGCCCAGCUCAGCCAGUUUGAUGAAGAGCUUUACAAGGUCAUCGGUAAGAGCAGUGAGAAGUCAGACGACAGCUCCAUAGAUGAGAAGUACCUCAUCGCCACCUCUGAGCAGCCCAUCGCAGCCUUCCUGAGGGAAGAGUGGCUCAAACCCGAGGACCUGCCCAUCCGCUACGCAGGCUUCUCCACCUGCUUCAGACAGGAAGUGGGCUCCCACGGCAGAGACACCCGCGGGAUUUUCAGGGUGCACCAGUUUGAAAAGAUUGAGCAGUUUGUGUACGCCUCCCCACACGAUGGCAAAUCAUGGGAGAUGUUCGAUGAGAUGAUAGGCACGGCAGAAGAGUUCUACCAGUCUCUAGGAAUUCCUUAUCGCAUCGUCAACAUUGUCUCUGGUGCUCUGAAUCACGCAGCCAGUAAGAAGCUGGAUCUGGAGGCCUGGUUCCCCGGCUCAGGUGCUUUCAGAGAGCUGGUCUCCUGCUCAAACUGCACUGACUACCAGGCCAGGCGCCUCCGUAUCCGCUACGGACAGACCAAAAAAAUGAUGGACAAGGCAGAGUUUGUGCACAUGUUGAACGCCACCAUGUGCGCCACCACGCGUGUGAUGUGUGCCAUCCUGGAGAACUACCAGACCGAAGAAGGCAUCAUUGUUCCAGAGAAGCUCAGGGAGUUCAUGCCUCCUGGUUUGACAGAGAUCAUCAAGUUCGUUAAGCCCGCUCCUAUUGAUCAGGAGGUGUCUAAGAAAGCAAAGAAACAGCAGGACGGAGGGAAGAAGAAGAAGCAGGGAGGAGGAGACCAGAACCUCCCUGACACCAUGGAGAACAUGUCCGUCAACGACUCAUAGACUCCAGUACACAACGACAGUGUCGCUUCGCCACCCUCACAGAUAGAAACAGAUGGGAUAGAGCUUCAUGUAUAAUGAUCCGGGGUCAGUUGUGGAAUUUCUCCCAAACGUGAAUGGUUAGUUAGAAAAUGGAGGAAUAAAUUUCUCAAGUUAGCACUUAAUGUUAUCCUUAUCUUACAGUGAAGGUUUGGCUCUAACCCAACUGUGUCUAUGUAUAAGGAUGGUGUUAUUCAUCUCAUCUGUUCCUCCCCUCAUUUACAUUAAGCACACUGAAAAAGGGAUCACUCUGUGCUCUUACCCAUCCACAGUCCACUGACCACCAGUCUGUCUGUCACGUUCUCACAUCUGCAGCAUUGAGCCUAAAACGAACAGAUAAGACUACUUGAGCUGACUGAAGGACAGAGCACAUUGAUGUAUUGAUGGUGAUUCAGACUCAGCAGCAAUGUUUUUGGCUUCACCUCCACAGCAAUUAGUAGUUUCUGUGACUGGUGAGCUGUGCAGAUGAACCACUGGUAGUAUGAUCGUGUAGAGGUACGUCUCGUAUCAUUGAAAGGUGUGGUUUCCAAAUGUUUGGUGGUUUGUACAGCUGAUCGGUUACUGUCUGGAAUCUUUAUUCAUCGGCUUUUGUUGAGACCAAAACCUGCAUCUCUUCUGUGAUUACUUCUUCAUCUGAAAUGGCUUUAAAAUUGUUACUAUAAUGUAAAAAUCCUGUCCUGUGAAAAAGAUCAGGUAUUUUAACUGUCUGUUUUAGGCUUCACUUCAUGUCGUCUCUUAUCACCAUCAUCAUUUUCGCCUACUGUUGCUUGAUGUCAUUGUUGAGCAUAAUGCUUUUCACUAGCUUAUGACUGAGACAUUGACAUUGUAUUUACUUGAUGAUAUAAAGAUAUAUAUAUGAUUGAGCAUUGAUGAAGUGGCACUCACUGUAAACAAAUAAAUACAGUUGAUAUUG